UUUGUUUACAAAAACGCGUACAAGACGAAAGUUGACGUGCAGAUUAAACAACUUGUUCACUCGUAUUAAUAACCGACUUCGAAGAAGACUCAAAAUGUCGAGCACUGACUUUCUUACUUAUGGCUAUGCAGCCCUCGUUGCCACUGGAGGCAUCAUCGGAUAUGCUAAAGCUAAGAGCAUCCCUUCUCUUGCGAUGGGACUGCUAUUCGGUUCCUUGAUUGGAUUUGGUGCAUACCGUACUUCCAAUAAUCCCAACAACUAUUACUUGGCACUUGGUACCAGUGUUGCAUUGGGUGGUUUCAUGGGAAAGAGGUACAUGGACAGUGGAAAGAUCAUGCCUGCUGGACUUAUUGCAGCAGUGAGCUUGUUAAUGGUUCUUCGUUUCACAGCAAGAGCUGUUGGUCUGGUUUCUGUGAAAAAGGAUUGAGCAAUGAGGAGAAUCUUUAAAGACACAAAAACUAUCAACAAAUGUUAUCCUAAAUUCAUUAUUAUUUGAUAUUUAGUUGGGAUCAAGUAAACAAUACAAACUUUUGGUAUAUUCCUUUA